AUGGCCUCUCAAAAGGUGGUUGCCACCCUGGCAUCUAUCGAAGCGACAAGUCACCAACCGACCAAGCUCCAGCAAUACAACGACCUCCUCGAUGAGAUUGUGGCUACUUCAUCCGGUGACGAGCUCGCCCAAGACAUCGUCUACUACCUUGACUCCAUCUUGAACGAAGACGUCAGCAUUGUCGCUGCGCGCGCCCUUCUUGACUCUUUCAUCCCCGUCCUCCGUACAUUCGACGCCGAAAUCAAAAUCAAAGUCGGACAGCACGCCGUCACGCUUCUGCAAUCACGUGCGACCUCAGCAGAGGAACAAGACUCUCAGAUCCGAGAAAUUCUUGCAGAGGCAUACGAAUCUGAGGAAGAAUACACCGCUGCAGCACGAACGCUAUCUGGAAUCAACAUCGACAGUUCUCAGCGCCUAGUCUCCGACGCAGCGAAGGCCCAGCUUUGGAUUCGCAUCGUGAGAUAUUACUUGGAGGACGAAGAUACCACCAGUGCUGAGGCAUUCUUGAACCGCAUCAAGAAUUUGCCCAGUAAGAUCGAAGAGCACGAUGCCAAGUUGCACUUCCAGCUAGCUCAGGCCCGAAUUCUCGAUGCCCGUCGGCGGUUCCUCGACGCCGCGCAAGAGUACUUCAAUGUCAGCCUGGCACCGGGCGUUGAUGAAGGGGACCGACUUGCGGCACUAUCAGCAGCAAUCCGCUGUGCAGUUCUCGCACCUGCAGGCCCACAGCGCUCGCGCACUUUGUCUCGUCUUUACAAGGAUGACCGUGCACCUUCGGUCGAAGAGUUCUCCAUUUUGGAAAAGAUGUUCCUUGACCGGCUGCUCAAUGCGGACGAGGUCGCCGCAUUUGCUAAGAAACUGGCGCCUCAUCAACUUGCCGUUACUGCAGACGGCACAACCGUCCUUGACAGGGCUGUUGUUGAGCAUAAUCUAGUGGCUGCGAGCAAACUCUACAAGAACAUUCAUGUCGAUGCCCUUGGAGCCAUCCUCGGCCUUCAGUCUUCAGGAGACUUUUCUGCAGGUGAAAAGGCAGAGGCCUAUGCCGCACGAAUGGUUGAGCAGGGGCGUCUUCGAGGCAAGAUUGACCAGAUAGAUGGUGUCAUCUCCUUUGAGUCAGAUGCUACUGGCGGAUCCUCUUCUGGCGCCAAUGGAGCGAGCCUGCGUCAGUGGGAUUUGGGAGUUCAGGACCUGGCUGAAGAUAUAGAGCGAGUAGCCACCAGCAUUACCGAUCAAUACCCGGAAUUUGCCACAAGCCAGAUGGUACAUUGA